AUGAAGCAUAAAGGGAUGUUGAGUAAAAAGACGUUUGCGUCGAUUUCACGGAGAUAUGCUAGAGUGAGGAAGGUUAAAGAAGCCGUAGAUGCUUUUGAGAAGAUAGAGAAGUUUGGAAUAAAGUUGGAAGUGUCGGAUUAUAAUAGAUUGAUUGAUACUUUGAGCAAAUCGAAAAAUGUUGAGAAAGCACAAGAGGUGUUUAAUACAAUGAAGAAGAGAAGGGAGAUGAGAGAUGAAGGGUUUGAACUUGAUGUCGUGACAUAUGGUAUAAUUAUCAUUGUGCAUUGUAAGGCAAGGAAAUAUGAUGAAGCACUUGAGUUAUUCCGUGAAAUGGAAGCAAAGAAUUGUAAGCCAACUCCGCAAUCUGUUAAAACUAUUCUCAUUAGAUCACUCACUAGUGAUUUUCUCUGCACACUCAAAGAUCAAACUUUCCUCCAAAAUUCAAAACCUCACAUUGAAACUCAACAUGGGUCUUUGCUAAAAUAUUGUCUUGGUUUUUACAGACUGUUACAUGAUGGUGUAGGCCAAGUGUUUGAUGAAAUAAAUGACAAGGACCCAGAUAGUCUGUUCUCGAUGGUGCUAAGGUUGAAGUAUAAUGCUUUGAUUGAGGCUUUGGGUAAGAUCAAACAGUUCAAGGUGCUCUGGAAUUUAGUUAGUGAUAUGAAGCAUAAAGGGUUGUUGAGUAAAGAGACGUUUGCAUUGAUUUCACGGAGAUAUGCUAGAGCAAGGAAGGUUAGAGAAGCUGUAGAUGCUUUUGAGAAGAUAGAGAAGUUUGGAAUGAAGUUGGGAGUGCCGGAUUAUAAUAGAUUGAUUGAUACUUUGAGCAAAUCAAGAAAUGUUAGGGGUUCAUCAGAGUGUUAUGGAAUUAGUAACCAUAGAGAGCUUAGGAAACAAAGACUAUACCUGUGA